AGAAAACAACUGACAGUAAAAGCCGCCUUAACAUCUUCUCUCUUUUCUGUUCUUCUUCUUUUUGAUUUGUUCUAAGCCGAAGUAAACUUGCCCGUUCUCUGUGUUCUCCCAUCAUCACAGUAACGUAAUCGCAGUGAGUACUCCCAAAUUCUUUUAUGGACUUUUCUUUUUUCUUCUUCUCAUUUUGGCAUUCGCGCAGCAGCUUCUCCUUUAUUCUUAACUACUAUUCCUAUUAGUAUUGCUAUUAUUAUUGAUUCGUCAUUAUUGAUUCUUCUCCACUUAUCUCUUCUUCAUUGCAUCUUUCAUCGGGUUCUCCCCUUCGAGAGACGUAAACGUACUGUAUACAACAUGUCGGAUGAAGGAGACCACACCGCCCGCGGAAGAGAGGACCCCACGCAGUCCAGGCCCGCUCCAGGGGGCGACUUUGCCCGCUACGUCCACCCCGAAGCGGCGGCCAUCUUUGCGAGGUGCCCGUGGGUGCGCCGCAUCCCCGUCUUCGGCGAGGCCACCGAGGGCUACGGCCCCAAGGCGGUGGUCUCGCUCUCAGCGGCUGCUACUUCCUGUGCAAGGGCAUCGCGGAUCAGAUUCUGCGUGGCCAGACCUUCGCCAUGAUGCGGAGCCGCUACCGCAUCUCAGUGGAGAAGUACCAGCGUCUCUCCCCCAUCUCGACGAUGGGCUGGUCCAUCAAGGCGUUCAGCGCCAUGAUGUGCGACGGCUUCGCCUUCCUCGGCUACACGAAGCGCUGGUACAUGUUCGUGUCGUGCGUGGCCGGUGCCGUGUUCGCGCUUGUGUACGGCCUGCUGCCCGCCAAGGCGAGCUCCGCCGAUACCGCUGCCGCCUUCAUCUUCCUGUCGUGCUACGGUAAGGCGAACGUGGACAUCCUGUCGGAGGGCCACUACAGCCGCCUCAUGCGCGGUAACCCCAAGCCCGGUCCCGCGCUGAUUGGUUGCAUAUGGUGGAUGAUUAUGGUCGGUGCAAUCAUUGCCACGGUGAUGAACGGUCCGCUGGCCGACCUGGGCAAGCCGCAGAUCAGCAUCUUCGUGUCUGCCGCCCUGCAGUUCCUCACAGCCUUCAUCUUCCUGUUCAACUGGUACGGCGAGAAGAAGAACCGCGUGCAGCGCUCCGAGGAUGCGCUGUACAUGCUGGAGGAGACCCGCAAGGAGCGCGAGCGGCUUGGCCUGGCGACGGGUGCGGACGACCUCGGUGUGAACGCGCCGGCCCCUGAAAAGAAGCCGUACCCGGAGCACUCCAGCGCGGAGGACGCGGAGGCGGCGGUGCAGGACGCGCUUGGGGACGAGCUCGUGCAGAGCCACUACAGCGAGGAGGACAACGGUGACGACGAGGCGGAGGUGUACUACGGUGAGCCGCCCGUUCCCUGCCUGUUCGGCGUCUUCGAGAUGAACAAGGAGGUGAUCUCGGACAACUGGCGCAUCUUUGCCUACUCGAUCGUCAUCACGUGUGCGGUGGUGGCCAUGCUGUGCGGCAACAUCCUGGCCGACACCCUCGGCCUGCUCAUCAUCUGCGUCGUCGUGUCGACCAUCUGCUGCUCCCUCUCCUUCUGGGCCCUGCCGUCCAUCAUCGCCCGCACAAAUGUUUUUGCCUACCUCAACACGGUGGUGUACAUCCACGCUGUGAGUCCGUUGCAGACCUUUUACAUGAACUCCAACAAAUGCAAAGGCGACUUUCCGAACUUCACCUUCACCUUCUAUAGCACGAUUGCAGGCGUCAUCGGCAACAUCGCUGGCCUGGUUGGUGUGGCCGCCUUCAAGUACCUCUUCUCCAAGCAGAACUACCAGGUGACGUACGUUGUGACGACGGUGUUGCAGGUGCUCGGUGCCAUCUUCGAUAUCAUCAUGGUGAAGCGGUGGAACGAGUACAUCGGCGUUCCGGACCACGCCAUGUACAUCUGGGGUGAUGCCGUUGUGCAGCAGAUCGUGUACAUGCUCGGCUUCAUGCCGCUUGUGGUCUUGAUGUCGCGCCUGUGCCCCCGCGGGUCGGAGAGCGUGGUGUACGCGCUGAUGGCCGGCUUCUCCAACCUCGGCCAGACCACGGCGUCGUCCAUUGCGGCCAUCAUCAUGGAGUACGGCUGGCCCGUCUUCGCGGAAAACGACAAGUGCAACUAUGAGAAUCUGCCGUGGCUGGUUUUCGUCUGCAGCGUCAUGACCCCGCUGCUGGCGAUCCCGCUGAGCUUCAUGCUGCCCAUCGCCCGCAUCAUCGAUGACGUCGACAUUGACGGUCAUGUGGUGCGCAAGCAGGUGGACGCGAAGGUGGUGGCAGCGGUGGACACCGACUCGCAGGAGCCGUUGUCCGCGACGGACGAGGCUACAGAGAAGCGCUGA